AUGAGGGGGCUUCUUCGAUCAGGUCUCGCAGUGUCUCCGAUCGAUCGAUCGAGGGAGGGAGCCAAGCGAGGAUUUCGUGCCCUUUCCAACGAUUGCCGCGUCGGUUCGUUCGGCAGCUCUGUCGAAGCUGACUCACGAGAUGCAGAGUGUCGCUCUCAUCGAGGACCAUCGCAAGCAGGAGCGACAGGACUGGAGCUGAUGGCAGGCUACACUCGACUGCAACGUCACAAGCACAGACUGAGGGCUUCGCAUGAGCUCUUUUCGCACAUCUCCAAUGUUGACAGCUCCAGGCAUUGGGUCGGUACAUUCCUGGCGACCAGGCUGGGAUCCUCUGCUCGGGAGUCAAACGCCUGGCAAGCCCAAGCUAUUUGGCACGGCGAACGGACUGAGCAGCGCUGGGCUGACUGGCGUGCAUGGGUGGGAUGGGCAAGCUGGAUCGGUGCAGCCGACCGCAUCUCUGCCGUUGCUCAACGGCGUCUGCAGCCCUUGCAUCUGGCGCCAUCGUUUGGCCUCGCUCGACUUGCGACCGUCACCCACUCCUUCCUCGUCACCUCGUCACUUCUCCUUUGCAUCGGCACACCAUAUUGCUACGACUCGAAAUCGACCAUCACCUGCAUCACAUCGCGCGCAAUCCCACCAUCGAACUGGACGGCGCCAGACUCUUUCUCUCUUUCUCUGAUCAGCACGAUCCUUCGGCCGGCCCUCUCCUCUGCAUUUCCGCUUCCUCCAUCGGUCGGCGGCUCGCGCAACUCGUCCUCUGAGCCUGUCUCUGUCUUUCAGCAGCGCGAAUCGAUCUACCUCGCCCGUCGGGGUAACUCCGAAAGCAUCUGCAUCUACCCUCUAGCCGCCUCUCGCAAAAAUAGAGCAUUCUUCGGCCGCCAAGCGCUUUGUGACCCGGCUCUGACCGUCGUCGGCUCGCCCGCAAUGACCGACUCAGCUACCGCAGGAGACGUGGAGCGCCUCACCGCUCAGAUGAGUCUAUCGGACUCGCAGCUUCCUUCCUCAAAUGGUGUGGCCCCGUUACCGCCGCAGGCAGCCACUGGUGGGCCACCGUCCCGAGCCUCGCCCUCUCUCCGUCCCAACCAAGCAACAGGCGGGCCAUCCGCAGCAAGACCUGCCAACACCGCUGUCGGAGCUGCCGAACGAGCGCGACAGAUGGCCGGAGCACGCCUUCCGCCGAGCUUGCAGGCCAAGCUUGCCGCCAACGCCAACCGCUCCGCACUCUCGCCUUCGCCCAACCAUGCAGUCCUCGGUCACGACCAGCGCAUCGACAGCAGCGCGAGCGCAUCGCUCUUUGUCUCGGCAGCCGCGCGUCCGGGCGCCUCUCCGGGCACCGGCAUGGGCGGUCUCGCCGCUCGCAGGGGCAUCCCUGGUACCCUCGGUGCGCCUUCGUUAGCAGGCUCCCCCUCAGCCACUCCCGGCGCCGGCAUGGGCGCCAGGCGUAACCGUCCAGGCCUCAAGCUCAGCGACAUGGGCGUCGGCGCCGGCGAUGGACUCGACGCAGGUAGCGCGCCGCGCUCUGGCCUCGGCGCAGGCACAGGCCGAAGAGCGCCACCACCAGGGCGCUUGUCCGACAGCACCGGCGCUUCCAAGGGCAACGAUGGUACCGCACAGCAGGACGGUGCCAUGUCGACGCCCUUUAGCAACUUUUCCAAGAUCGUCGACCCCUCCGGUCGGCUCAACUUCAGCGGCAAGGCCGUGCUGCAUGCCUCGGGCGUCGAAUUUGGCAACGGCACCUCGUUCAAGAUCAACAUGGCCGAGCUCGAGCUGCUCGACGAGCUCGGCAAGGGAAACUACGGUACGGUGCGCAAGGUGCGACACACCCAGACGCACGUCGAGAUGGCCAUGAAGGAGAUCCGCCUCGAGCUGGACGAAUCCAAGCUCAACGCCAUCAUCAUGGAGCUCGACAUCCUGCACCGCGCCACCGCGCCGCAGAUCGUCGAGUUCUACGGCGCGUUCUUCAUCGAAUCGUGCGUGUACUACUGCAUGGAGUACAUGAACGCCGGCAGCCUCGACAAGCUGUACGGCGAGCGCGGCAGCGUGCCUGAGGACGUGCUGGCGAGGAUCACGGGCAGCAUGGUGCGCGGGCUGAGCUUCCUCAAGGACCAGCUGCAGAUCAUGCAUCGCGACGUCAAGCCCACCAAUGUGCUCAUCAACCAAAAGGGCCAGGUCAAGCUGUGCGACUUUGGCGUGUCGGGCCAGCUGGAAAAGUCGCUGGCCAAGACCAACAUCGGAUGUCAGUCGUACAUGGCGCCCGAGCGCAUCAAGGGCGAGUCGCAGAACAUGCUCGGCACGUAUACGGUGGCGUCGGACGUGUGGUCGCUGGGGCUGUCGAUGGUGGAGACGACGCAGGGGACGUAUCCGUAUCCGCCCGAGACCUACUCGAAUGUGUUUGCGCAGCUGCAGGCGAUCGUGCACGGCGACCCGCCCGAGCUGCCGGCGGAGCUGUACUCGGACACGGCGCGCGACUUUGUGGCCAAGUGUCUGGAAAAGGUGCCGUCGCGCCGGCCGACGUACGCGCAGCUGCUGCAGCACGACUUCCUGGUGCAGGACGCGGCCAAGGGCGAAGAGGGCGUCGACAUGGUCGGGUGGGUGGCGCGCGCGAUAGCAGCCCGCGCGCACAAGAAGGAGCAGGCGCAGGCCAACGGCGUCGCGUCGCCACCAGGGCCGUCGGCAGCAUUGCCCCAAUAG